AUGCAUUUCAACUUCCCCGUUGUCCUCACCACCCUGGCUCUUGCCACAGCGGCCACCGCAGACCGUCUGAUUGUUAAUCAUUACGGCUUUCUCAGCGGCAACACCUACACCGGGACUUUUGUCACUAAAUACGACAGCUAUAUUAUCGGCAACGUCGAUGGCUGCCAUACGAACCCUGGCGUCCCAGCUUUGAACAGACUCUGUAUGGACUUUGGCAAGAGAAGGGGGCACUUCACAUUCAAUGGCCAGGGAAAGCGGUGCUUGAAGGAGACAAGCAAUGAUUUCGCACAUUGCUCGGAUGACUUUGCUUGGGCCACAUGCUCGAAACUCUACUAUGAUGAGGUUAAAUGUACGUGGUAA